UGGGUGUGGGUGUACGUCUUGGUGUGUGUGUCUGUGUGUGUGCUGCGGCUAAAGCCGAGGCCGAGGCUAAAGCUAAAGCUUAAGCUAAAGCAAAAGCAAAGCGGACAAAUCAACACCAUUGAAGUGGAAGCGACAGAGAUUGAGAUUGAGAUUGCGUUUCAUAUAGCGGCCGCAGCGCAGUUUACGAGUGUCCAUCACCACUACAACACCGUGCAGCAAUGGAAGACUAUUGGGGUCUUAGCAGCACUACGGAUAUAAAUUGCACUCAGCCCGCCAUUGAUGAUUUCCCCAGAGAUCUAUUCACGGAGGCGCAAAGACAGUCCGGUGCUGUUGUACUUCAUGUUAUAGCCAGUUUAUAUUUAUUUGUAGCAUUAGCAGUAGUAUGUGAUGAGUACUUUGUGCCAGCUGUUGAGAAAAUAUGUGCAGCACUCAACAUGUCCAACGAUGUGGCGGGUGCAACAUUCAUGGCAGCGGCCACAUCGGCGCCGGAGCUGUUCGUCAAUGUGAUAGGCACAUUCAUCACGGAGGGAGACAUUGGAGUCGGGACCAUUGUGGGCUCGGCGGUGUUCAACAUACUCGCGGUGGCCGCCUGUUGCGGCAUCGGUGCUGGCAUGACCAUACCGCUAGAUUGGUGGCCUCUGACGCGGGACAGCAUUGCAUAUGGCGUCACAGUUGCUAUACUCAUCUGUGUGAUGCACGACGAGCGGGUCGAGUGGUAUGAGGCCCUUAUUCUGGUGUCGCUCUAUGCGGUCUACUUGGCGGUCAUGUAUUUCGACAAGUCCUUUCAAAAGUGCGCCAAAGGUGGCGUUAAGCAGGCGCGUUCGCGCAGCCGCUCCUCAAACUGCAGCAUACACACAAAGAACAGCAAUGAGAAGGAACCAGAGCUUGUGGAGAAUCGCAUUUGCCAGAACAUGGCCAGCAUCCAGCUGAAUGGUGGCCUCAAUAAUGACCAGGCCAAGGCCACAAAUACAACAACAACCACAGCUGACUUGGGUGGCGGUGGAGCAGUGGAAGCCGCUGCUAGCGUUGGUGGAGUCGGAGGAGUUGGAGUCGGAGUUGGAGGAGUUGGUUCAACAGCUGGUACGGCCCCACCGCCACCGGCAAUUGGCUGGAUAAUGGAUAAUGCUGAUGCCGAAUCACAAUUGGCUGCGGUGGCUGCGGCAGCGGCAGCAGCUGCUGCUGUUGAGCAGCCCGAACAGGAGGGUUACUCACUGUUGACAUAUCCCAAGGGCACCAGUUGCUUUGCCCAGUUCACCUGGCUGAUCAUUUGGCCCAUACAUCUGCUCUUCCGCAUCGCGAUACCCGAUUGUAAAAAGGCCAAGAACAACAAAAUCUUUCCACUGACCUUUAUCAUGUGCAUUGUCUGGAUCGGUUCGUUAUCCUAUGUGGUCGCGUGGAUGAUAACCAUAAUUGGCGAUACACUUAAGAUACCCGAUUCGGUAAUGGGAAUUACGUUUCUGGCCGCCGGCACAAGUGUACCCGAGGCAGUAUCCAGUGUAAUUGUGGCUAAACGCGGUCACGGAUCGAUGGGAAUAUGCAAUUCGAUUGGAUCGAAUACGUUUGAUAUAUUGUUGUGCCUGGGCGUGCCGUGGCUAAUAAAGGCCGUAUUUUUCCCCAUACAGCCGGGACAGAAUUAUGUGGCUAUUAAUUCGGCCGGUCUGGAAUAUUCGGCCAUAACAUUGCUGUCAACGCUAUUUCUGCUCUAUUUAACAUUCUCGAUGAACAAGUUCAAGCUGGACACCAAAGUGGGCAUCGCCUGUUUGGUUAUCUAUUUGGUAUUUAUGGUAUUUGCCUCGCUCAUUGAGCUCAAUGUGUUCUUUCGCGUCAAUCUGCCAACCUGCGGACGAUCAUGAGCAUUGUAAAGAAAAUUGAAAGAAAGAUGAGCUGGAGCUGGAGCUAAUGCUGAAGCUGGAACUGGUACUGGUACUGCUAAUUUGGAACUGGAACUGGUGCAGCAUUCAGCUGGGAAGACGGCCGAGUCGCUAAUUGGGGCAACUCAGCAGUACAGUCGUUUUAAUUAAUUAAUAUGUAUUUUCCUGUUCUAUUCUAUCUACCUUGAUAGUUGAGUUACCUUAUGCUACUACGUUAUGCUGUUAUUGUAAUACUUUUUUUUUAUUAUUAUUAUUAAAGUAGAAUGAAACUCAUCACGACA